GUGGGAGAGCAAAGCGAAGCAGCUCCGUCCGGGGAGACAGACACACACACACACACAAACAUAUCCAUGUAACAUCCAGCCACAGCCACCAAACCGGCCUAAAUAAAUAGCCAGCCAGCCAGGGGGAAACAAGCAUCAAAGCCAGGAAUUUUUUUAUUCUUUGCAACCUUUUGUUUUUCCAAUUUUUCCUUUGCCAUUUGCAGUAACUCUCCGUGGAGUUGUCUGGGUUUUUUUUUUAUCACUCUUUUUUGUUCAUUUUUUUAUUUUGAAAUAAUCAUACACACCUCUUGGUGGACUCGGUGGGAGUGAAAUCUCUCUACUUUUGGUGGUGGUGGUGGUGGUAUCUUGUUGUGAGUGCGUUUCCUUCCUCCUCCUCCUCCUCUUUCUCUUUCUCUCUCUCUCUCACAACAGCCCCGGGUAAAUGAGAAGAGACAGAUCCUCUCUAUUUUGUUGUGUGUUUUCUUUUAACGGACCGGGAAGGCGAAAUUAAAAGUGGCAUUUUGAUGCCUUUUCUUGCUGUUUUCUCUACACUACCCCCUACCCCCACUAUAGAUUCAUGCAGAAAGUUUGGGGGCUAUUAGUGGUUUUGGGGGAGAGGAGCAGAUUGAUUUUUGUAUGCGCGCUGUUCUUCUGUAUCCUUCCUUGUUGGAGAAUAAUAGUGUAAGUGACAGCCUAGAAGUAGACUUUCUACUCUUCACCCUGGAUAGAAAAGCUUCCUCUCCCCCCUCCCGCCCCCCACUUGCUCUUGUCCGCAUUGAUAUUAUUUUUGAAAGAAUAGCUAGACUAAAGUCACCCCCUCAAUUUAAAUCUACUACUUUCAUUUUGUAAAUUUAUUUUUAGCAUUACACUUAUCUGUUCAAUUUUGAGCUUCACUUCCUCCUUCCCUUUCCAAACCUUGAAAACUGCUUUCCUAAAAGAGAUUUAAUAUUUUUGUCCAUUGCCGUUUUGCUCAUGGCUACUCUGUUUCUCGCCAUUUAUUUUUGCCCCUCCCCUGCAUAGAGGAAAAUAACAAAAAGAAAAAAAAAGAAAAGAAAAGAAAAUAAUAGAAUUUCGGGAGACGUAGCAUUCAGGGCUGCUGGCUUUUUUUUUUUUUUUUUUGGGGAGGGGGUGUAUGGUGUGUGGGGUUGGUUUUUUUUUUUUUUUUUUUUUUUUUAAGGACCUAGCCAACAUCAGUCUUGAACUUCUUCCUCUUCAAGAGCUCUGGCUGCAAAGGAAACCUCCUUUGUUUUUGUUAUUUAUAUGCUGUCAAGUUUUGAAGUGGUGAUCUUUAGAGGCGGGACUGAGUAUGGAUCAUUUGAACGAGGCAACUCAGGGGAAAGAACAUUCAGAAAUGUCUAACAAUGUAAGCGAUCCGAAGGGUCCACCAGCCAAAAUUGCGCGCUUGGAACAGAAUGGGAGCCCAUUAGGAAGAGGAAGACUUGGAAGUACAGGAACUAAAAUGCAAGGAGUGCCUUUAAAACACUCUGGACACCUGAUGAAAACAAAUAUUAGAAAAGGAACUAUGCUUCCAGUGUUUUGUGUAGUGGAACAUUAUGAAAAUUCCAUUGAGUAUGACUGUAAGGAGGAGCAUGCAGAAUUUGUGUUGGUAAGGAAGGACAUGCUAUUCAACCAACUGAUUGAAAUGGCAUUGCUAUCACUUGGAUAUUCUCAUAGCUCUGCUGCCCAAGCAAAAGGGCUAAUCCAGGUUGGGAAGUGGAAUCCAGUUCCACUCUCCUAUGUGACAGAUGCCCCUGAUGCUACAGUAGCAGACAUGCUGCAAGAUGUGUAUCAUGUGGUCACACUGAAAAUCCAGUUACACAGUUGCCCUAAACUAGAAGACUUGCCUCCUGAACAGUGGUCUCACACAACAGUAAGAAAUGCUCUCAAGGACUUACUGAAGGAUAUGAACCAGAGUUCAUUGGCCAAGGAAUGUCCCCUUUCACAGAGUAUGAUUUCUUCCAUUGUGAACAGCACUUACUAUGCAAAUGUCUCAGCAGCAAAAUGUCAGGAAUUUGGAAGGUGGUAUAAACAUUUCAAGAAGGCAAAAGAUAUGAUGGUUGAAAUGGAUAGUCUUUCUGAACUAUCCCAACAAGGUGCCAACCAUGUCAACUUUGGUCAGCAACCAGUCCCAGGGAACACAGCUGAACAGCCUCCAUCCCCUGUUCAGCUUUCUCAUAGCAGUCAGCCAUCUGUUCGGACCCCACUCCCAAACCUGCACCCUGGACUUGUAUCAACUCCUAUUAGCCCUCAGUUGGUAAAUCAGCAGCUGGUAAUGGCCCAGUUGCUGAACCAGCAGUAUGCAGUGAACAGACUUCUAGCCCAGCAGUCCUUAAACCAACAGUACUUGAACCACCCUCCUCCCGUCAGUAGAUCCAUGAACAAGCCGUUGGAGCCACAGGUCUCAACCAACACAGAGGUGUCUUCCGAAAUCUACCAGUGGGUGCGUGAUGAAUUGAAACGAGCAGGAAUUUCACAGGCAGUAUUUGCACGUGUGGCUUUUAACAGAACUCAGGGCUUGCUCUCAGAAAUCCUCCGAAAGGAAGAGGACCCCAAGACCGCCUCACAGUCUUUACUGGUAAACCUUCGGGCUAUGCAGAAUUUCUUGCAGCUGCCAGAAGCCGAACGAGAUCGAAUUUACCAGGACGAAAGGGAAAGGAGCUUGAAUGCAGCCUCUGCUAUGGGCCCAGCACCUCUAAUAAGCACACCGCCUAGCCGUCCUCCACAAGUAAAAACAGCUACUGUUGCAACGGAGAGGAAUGGAAAACCAGAAAAUACCAUGAACAUUAAUGCUUCCAUAUAUGAUGAGAUUCAGCAGGAAAUGAAGAGAGCUAAAGUGUCUCAAGCACUAUUUGCAAAGGUUGCAGCAACCAAAAGCCAGGGGUGGCUUUGUGAACUGUUACGUUGGAAGGAAGAUCCCUCACCGGAAAACAGGACCCUAUGGGAAAAUCUUUCAAUGAUCCGAAGGUUCCUCAGUCUUCCUCAGCCUGAACGAGAUGCCAUUUAUGAACAAGAAAGCAAUGCAGUUCAUCACCAUGGUGACAGACCUUCCCACAUUAUCCAUGUUCCAGCAGAGCAGAUUCAGAGCCCCUCUCCCACCACCCUUGUGAAAGGAGAGCAUAGAGGCGCUUUCUUACCAGGCCUGCUGACCACUGGACCUUGGCUGGGUGCUGCUCCUCAGCAGCAGCAGCAGCAGCAGCAGCAACAACAACAGCAGCAACAGCAACCAGGUCCCAGACUACCGCCAAGGCAACCAACAGUGGCAUCACCAGCUGAAUCUGAGGAUGAAAAUCGUCAGAAACCGCGACCACGAACAAAGAUUUCUGUUGAAGCCCUGGGAAUUCUACAGAGUUUCAUACAAGAUGUAGGCCUAUAUCCAGAUGAAGAAGCAAUCCAGACUCUCUCGGCUCAGCUUGACCUACCCAAGUACACCAUUAUCAAGUUCUUUCAGAACCAGCGAUAUUAUCUCAAGCACCAUGGGAAGCUGAAGGACAAUUCCGGGUUGGAAGUGGAUGUUGCAGAAUACAAGGAGGAAGAGUUGCUUAAGGAUUUAGAAGAUAGCAUCCAAGACAAAAAUGCAAACACACUUUUUUCAGUGAAACUAGAAGAAGAAUUAUCAGUAGAAGGGAACACAGAGAUUAAUGCUGAAUUGAAAGACUGAUCUAAAAAGUAUUAUUUUCAUUCAACAGUGCCACUGGUAUUUAAUAAUGAAACGAAAGUUCCAUCUUGCAUUGUGUCAGAAACCUCUCAUAUUCAUUGUUUGGUCAAUGAAUCUUCCAAAACUUGCACAAAAGUUUGAAAAAAAGGAUAAUGCAGACUGCACUAGAUGUUUUACUCUGUUUUACAAACUGCUUUGCAGCUACAGAUGAAGCGUUGAGGAUUGUUUGAUAUUAAUUUGUGUUCACUGGCUACACUGUGGUGUACCCAAUAAGCAUGAUACCAGUGAUUUUGAUUCUGGAGCCUUCAGACAAGCAUUACAACUUUUGUGAUUUGUUUCUCAAUUAUUUUUUUUUAAUUAUUACUGUAACACUCCACACUUGGUCUUUGGAAACUCACGUUUAUUUAAAAAAAGAAAAGAGUUUGUUACUCUUGCUCUAUUGUAUGUUACAAAAGAACUAUAGACUGUGAAAUGCAGUUUAAAGAUAACAUAUGCCAACAAAUGCCUUGUAUUAUAUGGCACUGCCGUAAUUCAGAUUUGUUUUUGUUUUGGAAAUAAAGGUCACUGUAUUUUUUUUCCAUUCUCAUUGUUACAUGAUUUAAAAAAAAUGAAAAGAAAAUGUGAAACACAAUUUAGUCCUCAUUAUUUAUUUGUAGAUCCUGCAGCGUCAUGUUGUAAUUAAUUUUUUUGGAAGUUUCCGUUAAAUGUAAUAUUGCUUCUCUUGUUAUCAUACUGAUUUUUUUUUCUAUUUAUAAAUGUAUUUUGAUGGGCAGUAAAACAAAGUGUCUUAAAAGUUUUAAAUAGAGAAAAUGUGCUUUACACAGUUGCCUAUAAAAAGUGCUCUAUGUUAUCCAAGCAAUUCAUACUAUAAGCUUCACUCUUAUUGUUGUAUGCAAUUUUUACUAUCAUGCAAAUAAGCUUAGGUAAAUAAAACUAAUAGAUCACCUUAGAAACUUAUGCAAUUAAUGUGAAAAUAAUUGAUGUUUGCAAUGUGUCUUCCUUUGGUUUACAAUCAAUUUUAAAGCUACAGCUGUAUAAAUUUUCUGUAUAAAGGUGUAUUUCUUUUUUAUGAGUUUAUUGCUAUGAAAACACCAGUUAUUUUGUUACAGCUGGCUGUUUUUAUAAGUGUAUCACAAUUUUCUUUAUGCAGAAAUGUUCUGACUAGGAGUGGUUAUUGACUGUAACUACACAAUUAAAAUUGUUUGUAUGGUAUGAUA